AAAACACAUGGCCUGACAUUUCGGUGCGCAUGAAAGGCAAAUGUGAAUAAUGUGAACACAUUUUCAAAACACGUUUGAAAAUCGUGCAAUUUUUCGCUUAAAAAUGGGAGAAAAUACGUUUACAAAGUACACAAACUACACCGUGAAAGAGCUGGAGUCGUACGUGGCCGAUCCGAACGCGUGUGUGAAAAAGCUAGAAUGGAACGACAUGUUAUCGGUGCUGCCAAAGUACCUUGGCGACAUCCGCGAGGGAGUGCGGGCGUGCUUGUCCCAGAAGAUCGGAACCUACGACCGGAAGGUCGACGGCAUUAUUCUGGCUUACAAAAACACCAAGAUCCUUAGCCCACUGUCGGCGACCCAUCCAAACAGUGUCCGGGUGUACGUGAAAACAAGAGCGGAUUUUUACGUUUUCCGGCCGCAAAGCGGUUCCAUCAUCGGUGGAACUGUGCGAUACGUGUCCAGCAACUACCUCAGCGCGGUCAUCUACCGUGUAUUCAACGUAACGAUAAAGCUGCAAACGCAUAAGAUCCAGAACAUUGUCCGUGGGAAGGAGAUAAAUUUUGUGAUCAAAUCGUACGACAUGAAAAGCGACCUGCCAAGUAUCGAAGGCGAGUUGAUUCCGGAAAAGGAUGCGAACAAACCACAGUUAAACGGGAACAUCAAGUCUGAAGCCAGGCAUAAUGGAGGUACGGCACGGAUUAAAUCUUCCAUCGGCAGUGAUGAUUCCGACGAUUUGGAACCGGAAGCUCAAAGAUCUGCUGAAGAAUGCGACAUAAAACCUGCUCCUUCACCGGUGAAAGCUCCUAAAGAACAAAAGCGUAAAAAGGUCAAACAGGAACCAGUUCCCACGGAACUCAUUGAGGAAGAAUCAAUCGGCGACGAAAUGGAUAGCUCGAUCCGUGCACUGCUAAGCACUUACGAAGACCAGCUCAAUGAUUCUACCGAAACAAAUGGAACUAUUGGAAUUAACGGAACAAUUAAGCAAGAAGCAGUUGAUGCGCCCAGUUCGUCCAAGAAAAAAGAAAAGAAAAGGAAAAGCCAGAAAAUUGAUGCGCUGGAAGCCGAAUUGCUUGAAAAAUUUGCCGCUCAAUGUGAUGAACCAGAUGCCCCGCUCACAAACGGCCACACGAAUGGCGAGACCAGCGAAGAACCGGUAACGCCGAAGGUGGAAAAGUCCCGCAAGCGCAAGAAGAAGCACUCGAGCUCCGAAGCAGACGAGUUUGAAGCGUCGAUCAUGUCGUCCCUGUUGAAAAUUGCAUCGGAAAAAUCGGUCGCGGACGAUGCAACUCCGAUCAGAAGCGGUCAAAAGUCGCGCAAGUCGGUUCGAUUCGACGAUACCAUCAUGGAGGCAUCCUUCAACACGUUUGACACGUCGGAGCAGUUGGAAAUUUCGCAACUUCCUGCCCCGAACUUGUCGUCCACGUUGAAGUAACUGGCUUCUGGGUCGUUUAAAUUAGAGUGUAGAAUGUGCUGUUUGUUACGAUUUAUGAGAGUAAUUUUAUGUAUAAAAUUUAAAAAGUCGUAUCGAAUAAAACAGUGAUUCGAACAAUUAAA